GCCUACCUCAAGAGCCCCCGUACCCAUGAACGCCUCGCCUCGGAAUGGGUCACCACUCGCCCAUGGAUCACGGGGUCCACCCUUCGGUCCCCUAUCCUGCCGGUAACUCAUGGACAUCCUUCUCCACAGUGACGCCCGCCCCUGCCAGGAAGCAGCGGCGGGAGAGGACCACCUUCACCAGGGCUCAGCUCGACGUCCUGGAGUCGCUCUUCGCCAAGACCCGCUACCCUGACAUCUUCAUGCGGGAAGAAGUCGCCAUCAAGAUUCUCCCGGAAAGUCGUGCAGGUUGGUUCCUCGGAGUUUUUGCUCAUGAUGUCAUUAUGUUGCUGUAG